UUUAAGUUUAUAAACAAAACCAAGCCAGCUGCAUGCGUGUGAGUUUGGGCAACAUACAUUACAGCAAUCACAAAUAUGCUCUCUAGCUUCAUUUGGUAUUUUACUAGGAAACUAAAACUCACCUCCAAACAACAAAACUUUAACACCUGAGGCCUAUAUAAGGAUGCUCCAUUCCCUCUCUACGUACAGCAUUGAGAAGGAAAAAAGAAAAAUAGAAUGAAGGGUGCAAGUGCAAGUAUUUUGCUGCUCUCUUUUGCAUGUGUUUCUGUCUGCGUAGAAUGUUAUGGCGGGAGAGGAUUUAAUCCUCUUCUCGAAUUUAUGAAAGCGCCAAGGACAAAUACAUCACCAAAUUAUGUAUCAGGUCCUGUUUAUGCUGGAGUCCAGGAGGGACUCAAGGAAGCUGACAUGGUUGCCACUUUGCCGGGGCAACCGCAAGUUAACUUCUCUCAGUAUUCAGGGUACGUAACCGUUGAUCCCAAUGCCGGUAGAGCUCUCUUCUAUUACUUUGCUGAAUCAGAAGACUCUUCCACAAAGCCUCUCGUCUUGUGGCUUAAUGGAGGGCCUGGUUGCUCAUCUCUGGGAGCUGGAGCAAUGACAGAGCUGGGACCUUUUCGAGUGAAUCCAGAUGGCAAAACCCUUUGGUACAAUCAAUACAGUUGGAAUACUGUUGCAAAUGUCAUCUUCCUCGAGUCCCCGGCUGGUGUUGGAUUUUCUUACUCCAACACAUCAUCGGACUACACUACCGGAGACGCACAAACAGCACAAGAUGCUUACACCUUUCUAGUUAACUGGUUGGAGAGGUUUCCAGAGUACAAAACCCGAGAGUUUUACAUAACCGGAGAGAGCUAUGCCGGCCACUACGUGCCUCAGCUUGCUUCACUCAUCAUGCAAAACAACAAAAUCACCAACCAAACUGUCAUCAACUUGAAAGGAAUUGCUCUUGGCAAUGCAUUGAUUGAUUUUGAGGAUUACAGGAGAGGGUAUUUUGAGUACCUGUGGACACAUGCUCUCAUAUCGGACGAAAUGCAUCAAGGAAUCUUAGAUUAUUGUAAUUUUAGUUCAGGUCCGGAUUUAUCAGACAAGUGCAUGAGUUACAAAUAUGAGGUUGAUGAUGCAGUAGCCGAUGUCUACCCUUAUAACAUUUAUGUUCCCUGGUGUUCAUCCCCAGACUAUUCCUCCAUAUCAGGCUAUGAUCAGUGCUCUGAUGAUUAUGUUGACUCAUACCUAAACACCCUUCAAGUUCAAACAGCUCUUCAUGCUGCGAUUACCAGCCCUUGGGCCGCCUGCAAUCCUAAUAUAGGGAGAAACUGGAAGGACUCACCAGACACAAUACUAUCAACCAUUAAGGAGCUCAUGGCAGAUGGUCUUAGAGUUUGGAUAUAUAGUGGAGACACGGACAGCGUAGUGCCGGUCACAGCUACAAGGUAUUCAAUGGCUAAACUGGAGAUACCGGUGAAGACUCCAUGGCAACCCUGGUUCAUCCAACUAGAGGUAGGAGGGUACGUUGUUGAGUACGAGAAUGUAACAUUCGUGAGCGUGAGAGGAGCAGGACACUUUGUACCCAGUUAUCAGCGGCAGGGCGCUCUAAUACUCUUCUCUUCAUUCUUGGAGGGAAAGCUUCCUCCACCUCUGGCUCUGUCUCAGCCCUAAACAAACAUCUCUCUACUGCAA